AAGGGGCGCGGCGGCGGCGGCGCAGCGCGGAGGCGUCCCUGUCCCCCCGACCGCCCUUCUGCUGUUGCUGACUCUGCCGCCGCUGCAGCCGCUGCUGCCCGCUGCCUUCCUGUGCCCAGUGCCCGCCUGGAACAGCGCCUGCGGCUGCCACGGAAAGACGGCUCGAGCCUCCCCCUCCCCCAGCGUCGGAGCAUACCGGACAAGAAUGGACUUCGUGGGCGACCGUCGGGCGUUCCCGGUGGAGGCCAGCGCGGGCGUGUGCCGCACCCUCUUCGGGCCGGUGGACCACGAGGAGCUGGGCCGUGAGCUGGUGGGCAAGCUGGCCGAGAUCAGUGCCGAGGACGAGCGCCGCUGGGACUACAACUUCCAGAACGACCGGCCGCUCGUGGGCCCGGGCCGCCUGCAGUGGCAGGAGGUGGACGACCACACGGUGCCCGCCUUCUACCGCGAGACGGUGCAGGUGGGCCGCAGCCGCUUCCCGCUGCUGCUGCUGCGCCCCACGGCGUCCCGGGCCGCGGGCUGCCCCCCGCUGCGGCCAGCGCCCGACUGUGGCCCGGACGCCGAGGGCCCGGGGCCCGACAGCGCCGCCGACGCCCCCGUCGUGCCCAUCACGGAUGAGCUGCCGCUGGACGCCGACGUCGACCUGGACUCGGGCUUCACCAUCCUGGCGACCGCCCGAGCCGGGGCCCCGGCCAGCAAUGCCCUCAUCACAGCUUUCUUUGUGAAGCGUAAGAGACCCAGAGCCUUCAAGCCUUUUCACCUGGACCACGGCAUGCCCCGCGGCCGGAGCCCGGAGCCCGAGCCUUCGGGCUCCGACGGCUCGGGCUCCGACAGCUCGGCGGGCAGCUCAGGCCGGGACAGCCCAGCCGGCCGCACCCGCCGCGUCCGCCGCAGCCGUCGAGCCCGCUCGGCCGCCCCUCCCUCGGAGCAGAGACCCAGCAAGCGCAGUCGGUAAAUAAGCUUGCCUCCGAGCCGACGGCCUCCACUCAGACUUCCCUGCACCCUGGAGGAGAGGGCAGGUGCAGGGGGAGGGUGCAGCCCUCCCUCGAGCGGGGGAGCCAGCUGUCCAACCGGGAACCGCCCCCCUUCCAGCCAGCCCUCAGAAGGACCGACCUGCUUUUGUACUUUGCCGUAGCAACGCCGGCUGAGCCUCAGCCCGCCUCGGGGCAGUGUUCAGAAAAAAAUCCAGUAAAAAAACAAAACCGUUUGACAACCGUGCAAUGUAUUAAGUUUUCUCUAGACGUUGUUUAUACAAAGCCUGAUGUGAGUAGCUGGUCCCAAAGUGCGAGCUUUCAGAAAUCAUUUCUCCAAACGUAUAAUCUGCCGGGAAGGCCGCGCAGCCAGCCUGUGUUUGUACAAAAGCGACAACUUCGACGUGCUGAUAACUUAAUGACCUAUUUAUGGCAGCCCGAGCUGCCCUCGCCCCGGCCGGGCCGGGCACCCGAGUGGCCCCGGCACGGCCGGCGGGGCUCCCUCCACGGGGCGCCCGGCUCUCCAGCCAAAGGAACGCGGGCUCUGGGUUGGGGGGAGUUUUUUUUACUUGAAAAGACAAAUCUGUUGCCGUGACUUCUGAGCCCGUUCCAGUCCCGCCACACCGUUAUUAAUAAUAAAGACUUAAACACUU